UCUUUCCGGACAUUCCGAAAUUCGAGCUGUCAAGUGUUUGUGGUGCGGCCAUUCUCAUUGGGAAAUUAGAAGUAAUAAAAUCGCAAAAUGUUGUCGCGAAUGGCUCUCCUGCGAGCUGCCCAGAGGCCACUGGUGACUUCUGUGGCGGGAUCUGCCACCGCUACGGCAGCGGGCGAACAAACCUUCCAUCGUCCUGUGCGUCAGGAAUUUCCCGGAAAAGUUCGUAUGGGAUUCAUUCCGGAAGAAUGGUUCCAAUUCUUCUACAACAAAACAGGCGUCACUGGCCCUUACAGCUUCGGCGUGGGUCUGCUUACUUAUCUUUGCUCCAAGGAGAUCUAUGUGAUGGAACAUGAAUAUUACAACGGUCUCGCGUAUGCCAUCCUGAUUACGGUGUUUGUUAAGAAAUUUGGACCGAAAAUUGCAGCAUACCUCGACAAGGAAAUCGACAGCUUCGAGGCAGAGUGGAACGAGGGAAGAGUCAAUGAAUUGAAGAUGUAUGAGGACAGCAUCCAGGAAGAGAAGAAGUCCCAAUGGUCAGCUGAGGGACAGACUCUUUUGAUGCAGGCCAAGAAAGAGAAUAUUGGUCUUCAGUUGGAGGCUACCUACCGCGAAAGACUCAUGACGGUCUACAAUGAGGUCAAGCGGCGUUUGGAUUUCCAGUUGGAGGUUCAGAAUGUUCACAGGCGCAUCCAGCAGAAGCACAUGGUGAACUGGGUGGUCAAUAACGUGAUGAAAUCUAUCACGCCUGAUCAAGAGAAAGAACUCCUCAACAAGUGUAUUGCGGAUUUGGGUUCUUUGGCGAACAAGGCUAAGUAAGUGCUUUCAACGUCAGGAGAGAUUAGCAGCAAAAUACUUGAUUGUCUCCAUAUUCACCGUGAAAAUCUAGAUGAACAUGGUAGGAUCGUUGGCAAAGAAUAAUAAAAUUCUGUAAAAAAGUA